GGAUUUUAUUGUGGUUUUUUGUUUUUUUUUUCCCUUGUGAUCUUAGGAUUUCCAAGAGAAUGGAUGAGCAUCACUUGAUAAGACUCGGAUCAGAUGGGCUGACAACCCAAAUCCUCUCUUUCAAUCUCUUAAGCAACAAGGCAAAUGCAAGUGGUUCCUGUGGAGAAACAUUCGAUGAUCGUACGAGAUACCAUGCCCAUGUCGUAUCAUGACACACAAGUACUUCACCUUAAUACGAUGCGGGAUUCUGGCUUCCUGGAGUCAUUUUAGGGCAAGCUAACCUUAAGAGACCUGCUCUAUGGACAUUUUAGGGCAAGAUAGUCUCGCCGACCUGCCUGCCUUAAACGAGUGCAACAAUACAGUUUGUCAAAAGUGCGGUGAUCGUGGCUAUCCGGAGGCUCUAAAUUACUGUGUAAAGUGUAAAGUUGUUGCUGAACACACCUACUGCUUAGAUGUUGUUCCCAAGGAUUUUGAUGAGGAUGUGGUUUGGACGUGUUGGUUUUGUUUAUCUGGGAAUGAUGGCGGACAUAAUAAUACCGUGGACAGUUCUAGUUAUACCCAAUUAUUAACGAGUGAUCAAGCAGUUAAAAUUGUAAGAAAACAGAAAUGGAAGGCAUCAGAUGCAUUCUUGAAAGCUCUGAGAAAGGUAGAGAGACUAAAAAGGGGUCCCUCUUUGCAAUCUGCUGAGGCAGAGGCAGAGGCAGCUAAAAGGGUUUGCUUGACUAACUCAAAUGAUCAAGAAUCGGACUGUUCUCACCUUCAUAAGGACAAAAGGAGAACACUGGCCCGGGGUGAGAGCUCUGAUGAGCAUCAAAAAACGAGAGAACAUGGUAUAAUGAUUGUAGAAGAUAGGGGUGGCUCGAAUGAAGAGGUAUUAACUGUUGAAAGAGAUUCAUUUCAAAAUGGCAAGAGUGAUCUGCCCAAAAUUUCAGACCGUGAUUCCCAUGUUAAUGUACAGCAACCUUUUGAGGAGAAGAUGAAUACACUGUCUGGCAGUGAGAGUUGUGCACAGGAUCAGAACUUAAGUGAUCAGAAUAGAUUGAUUCUGGAUGUUGGGGGUGGCUCAAAUGAAGCUGUAAAUUGUAUUGAAAAAGAGGCCUCUCAAAAUAGCACUGCUGACCUGCCAAAAAUUUUAGAUCGGGAUUUCAACACCAAUGCACAGCCAAUUCUUGAUCCCAUAUGGAGGGGAAAUUUUACCAUCAAAGAUGGAAAUUUUGAUGUUAUGAAUGGACUGGUGGCCUAUACAUCUAACCAAGCAUCCCCAAAAGUUCGCGAGACAGCUAGUUUGUUGCCAGGAUGUGUUUCUAUAGAAAUGCUUCCUAGGCAUGAAGUGUUUCCGAAAAAGUUUGGUACUUCAGAUGUAACAGCUGAAGAUAUUGGCCUUUAUUUCUUCCCGGAAAAAGAGAGAGAUGAACGAGCCUUUGAUGAGUUAGUAGAUAAUAUAAUUGAACAAGACCUUGCCUUGAAAGCCGUUCUUGAGCAUGUAGAAUUAUUGGUCUUUACAUCUCUUCAAUUACCUUUGCAGAACUGGAGAUAUCGGGGAAAGUAUUAUCUGUGGGGGUUGUUCGGUAGACACAAGCAUUCUCACUAUUCAUGUAGAAGAGAGCAUGCUACAGCUUAGACUUUGUAAAAUGAUGGGUAGAGGCAGUUCAGACUGAUCAGAACUAUAUCAUGUCUCCGUAGGCAAGGAAUGCUGGAAGGUAAUUAGCAUGAUGCAGAGAAGACAUGCUUCGAAAAUUCCAGCAAUCUUUUCAUGGAUCAAGUCUUAUAUCAUUGUGUUAUAAAGGAAAGAAAUGGGCACGUGGGAAAUAUUACCACGGGAAAGUUGUCCAAUUUUGAGAGUUGGGGCUGUGGUUAUGGAUUUUGCAUCUUUAUAUGCUGCUGUGAUUGGCAGAGAUGAAUUUUGACACAGAUGCCUCACUGUCGCCUAUACAAAUAUGAAAAUGAAAGUUGUUAUUUGUCGUUUAAAGCUU